AACCUCAAAAUUAUAUUUUGAUUUUCUGUUUGAGUUCAUUGUGAAAAAUAAAUAAUGGAUUUCACCAAGAAGCGCCCCCGCGCUGCGGAAAUUCGUGCUGAAGUGGAAAAUCUAGAGCAGCUCUACUUCACCAAUAUAGCCAUGUACCGCCUUCCACCCAUGUCAGAGAUUUCAAUUCAGGAAUUUGAAGAAAUGGUGAUUGAUCGUCUACGACUUCUGCGAAUCCUUGAGCUAAGUUCCCUCAAAGAGUUCAAACCAUACAGUCAGGAGUGGAGGAAUUUUAUUCUAGUAGAACUCAAUGUUGCCGGGCUCAAGGGGUACGCUCGCCUAAUUCAGGGUGGAACAGGACAAAAAGAAAACGUCCUCCAGGCACGUCGAAGGGACUACAUAUCGCACUUUCUCCUGCGCCUAGCGUACUGUCGCUCUCGGGAUUUGCACAAAUGGUUCCUAGCACGUGAGACUGAGCUGUUUCGUUUGAAAUUUAUGCAUCUCAGUCCUAGUGGGGUAGCGGAAUUCCUUCGAGUGCAUGACUUGCAAUACCUUGAGUUGACUGCGGAGGAGAAGGACUACUUCAAAGCUGGCAUUGCUGCUUGCACCUUUGGUGGAACUGUUGCAUCCGUUGAAAGUGGAAAAUACUUCAAAGUUCCAUUCACCAGUGUGUCUGAUCUCGUUAACUCGGGACGCAGCUACCUCCAUCGAGGGAUUGCCAUUGUCAGUGCCUCCGAUAUCAUUUCCAUUGUGUCGACGGAUUUCAAGAAAGUCAUCGAGGAUGGCCUGAUUGCCCUGUCAAAGAUCAUAUCGGAAGUUGACAAUGACGAAAGGGUGUACAACAUAAUUCGCAAUCUUCAUAAAUCCUAUAUUGGACGGGAUUAUGCGACUGGCACAGCUGGGAGUGUUUCACUUCACCAAAUUGAUGAUCUCUCCAAGAAAUCCUUCCCAUUGUGUAUGAGAGUUAUGCACGAGAACCUCCGUGCGACGCACACAAUGAAGCACGAUGGACGACUACAGUAUGGGCUCUUCCUGAAAGCCAUUGGGAUGUCACUGGAGGACGCUUUGCGCUUCUGGGAGGAGGAAUUCACAAAGAUUAUCACCCCAGAGGCCUUCCAGAAGAACUAUCGCUACAACAUACGCUACAAUUAUGGCAAAGAGGGUAGUCGGAGGAAUUUCACAGCAUACAGUUGUCGCAAAAUCAUCGAUACCCUCCCGAUUGCACCACAAGUCCAUGGAUGCCCCUUCAGGAAUCUCAAAGAGGGACGCUUGCGGGAUAAACUUCAAUCGUACGGUGUGUCACGCUCGCACGCCGAUGAGAUUGCUGGAAUAGCUCGAACGGGGAACUUCCAGGAGGCCUGUAAGCGCUACUUUGAAAUCUCCCACGAUGUUCAACUUCCACUGAGCUUCAGUCAUCCCAAUAAGUACUUCGAGGAGAGUCAGGAAGUUAUUAGAAGUCGCAAAGGACCAAAAGGUAAGCCAGUGCAGAAGAUUAAGACGGAAGCAGAGAGACUCCUUGCGGAUGAUGAGAAACUCUGGGAAGAUCCAGCUAAUGAGCCACAGGAAAAACUCCCAGAUCCACUCCAGACGCAAGAACCAUCUCAGAUGACUAUGGACUGGGAUGAAGCAUUUUAGCGCAACUUUCUGAUGCAAACACCAAUUUUCCCGGAGCAAUUUGUGAAGAACUUUGGAAGAAUUUGUAAAUCACAGCUAUUGUAAUUGAACUAACACACAUAAAUUGCUAACUUCUUGAAGCUAAAA